AUGGAGGUGCCGCACACGUUCGUGCGCACCGUCAAGGCGCAAGAUCUUCGCUUCAGCCAGGUGGACAGCGUGUUGCACGACAUCAAGACCAAAAACUCGCCCACAUGGGUCAUUUUCUCCUUUGCGGACCAGCGGGAGAUGAGAAAUACACUCAAAGUGCUUGCGUCUGGAGAUGGCAGUAUCUCGGAUCAGUCCAAGUGGCCAUCCGAGCUUUUCUCGCCCAACGCUCUGUGCUACGGACUCACGAGCAUCGACUGUUAUGACGAGAAUGCGGCACCGACCAACGUGUUGUCGUUCUGCUGGAAAGGACGCAACCUCCCGAUCUACCUACGAACCAAAUAUGCAGAGUUUAAUCAAGUCAUUAGGAAACACAUGGGUGCUGUUGCGCAUGUGACGCUACACAACCCAGAGGAACUCAUGGAUGGAUCGGUGUUUCUACAGACCCCGCGGCGGCGGCCACGGAGCUCUUCUCGGCGGUUUGUUACGACCGAUAUUGAGUUCACGCCCGAGUUGACGGCAACAGUACUGGAUAUUCGAUCGGAUACGUCUCCGUUCAACUGGGCGGUAUGUGGUUAUGAUAACUCGGACAUUGAGAGUUCGACCCGGAGGAUGAUUGUUGUGGAGAAGGGCAUGACUGGACUGUAUGCUUUAAAAGGAAUUGGCGGUAUUACGUCCGUUCUGGAGGAAGGAAGCACGAUGUACAUUUACUUGCGAGUGGAUGUCCCACUGCAUCGUGGAACUGAGCGUAUUGUGUCGAAAUAUGUCCUGGUCACAUGGCAAGGUGUGGAAAGGAGCUACAGUGGAGGAGGGACGUCCGACGAUGAAGUUGAAUUAUGGUUUGGGCCAAGCUCGAAUGGAGAGCGAUCGCCUCAGCGCCGAGAUUCGUUUGCGUCAAGCUCCAAGCUUCAGCGUGCUGUGACUGCACAUGUUCACGGCAGCGAAAUCUACCGUGUGUUCCCGCAUCACGUCCACUUUUUUGCCAGCACUCAGUCGGAGAUAUCGGAAGAAGCGAUUCGCGAGCGUAUCAGACGGGCAGUGGACAAUGACUGUAUGCUGCUCCGAGUUGUCUGCGUUCAAGCUUCAGGUGAUACUCAAGCGCCGGUAUGUUUGGAAGUCCCAUUUGAUGCCACAGUCGGCGUGCUUCGACAGGAGAUCGCUUCGAACAUUGGAAUUCCCAAAGAUCGUCAACGCAUUGUAUGGAUUCGACAAACGGACGAUCUUGCAAAAGACUCUCAACUGUCGACGGCAUUAAUGCUGGAGGACGAAAAUGCAGGCAUCCGAAAGGACAUAGGCCUCGCUCAUGGUGACAAAAUCCACGUUGAUGACAAGGACAAUGGCGAGAAUUCCGUACUCGCGAAGCUGUUUGAGCAGAUCAACUCUGGUGCAGCAGCAGUAAGUCUCUCGGCCGAACGACGACAUGAAGUGCAGCGAGGCGUGGAAGCUCGAGAAGCAGAGCUGAGGAAGAUACUGUCUAUGACGCACUAUUUAAUUCGACGGAAGGCCAAUGAAGACCUGAAACCUAUCCCGCGUCUCGCUGGCGUGGUUGAAGAAGCUGUAACCCGAGAAAAGAAGCAAACAGAUUCUCCGUCCCCUACAAGUCAGCACAAGGUUAUCCAUCGGGCGGACUCGGCUGUCUCGUUGACGGGUUCAAUUUCAGAAGAGCUAGCAAAGGAAGACGUCUCGGCAUUGCAGGAGCACGCGCGCGUUCUGGAGUCGCAGAACCAGUACCUGGAGAUUCCGUAUGAGAGCAUUCACAUCCUUAGUGGCAAGGAGAACGAACUGGGUUGUGGAAAGGCAGCUACUGUGUUCCGUGGACUCUGGAUGAACCGUAACAGCGCGGCUGAGGUGGCUGUAAAGUCGUUCCGCUAUGCACGAUUGACCGACAAGAUCCUCGGUGAUUACAGACAAGAAGUGGCGUUACUCAGGAAACUGAAGCACCCCAACAUUGUGUUAUUUAUCGGAGCAUGCACGGAUCCGAAGUUGAUGAUUCUUACCGAGUAUUGCUCUCGCAAAAGUUUAUUCGAGGUGAUCCACAGCAACAACUUCGAGACGAUUCCCUGGAAGUUCAAAGUACGAAUGAUGCUUGAUGCAGCACGAGGCAUCCAAUACCUCCACUCCAAGCGUAUUAUUCAUCGCGAUAUCAAGUCUCACAAUUUCUUGGUGGACGAUGACUGGCGAGUCAAGGUGGCCGAUUUCGGUAUCAGCAAGGUGCUCGAUACCGACACUGCCUUUACGCAAUGCGUUCUGUUGGAUGAAGACUUGGGCUACACAUUCAAGGCCGACAACUGGAGUUUUGCCAUUGUGAUGUGGGAAAUGGUCGCUGGUGGUCUCCAGAACCCGUUCAUCGGGAUGGCCCCCAUCAAGUUCUAUAACAAGACAAUCAACGCCGGCAUCCGGCCUCCAAUUCCCGAGGGCAUGGACAGCGAGUACAUCAAUCUCAUCACCGAAUGCUGGAAAUCCGACGCGGCCGACCGACCUUCCUUCGAUGUGAUCGUGUCUCGACUGGAGCAGAUGCUGCUGGAUCUAGGCGCCAGCAUCGACCUCCCGCCCACGUUCCAAGGUGGCUACCACCAGGCAGGACUCGCGGUGAAUCCGUAA